GCUGCAUCUGUGCUUCGGCGCGGCGCUCGCCUCUCGCCAUCGCCAGUUCCACUCUGACCGCGCGUCGAGCCGCAUCAGCGAGGAAGAAAGUAGUGCACCGCGCGUCCUUUGCGGAUCGGAGCGGAGCGGAGAAACCUGUUGCACGCGCGCUUGCCGUACUUGGACCAACAGCACUCCCUUUUUGUACCUGCCAGAAAAUAUGGCCGAGGAUUGUGAGACGGGCGAACAAUGCCUUGACCAUGAAACUGGCGAGCACUGUGCUGCUUUCACGUCUAAUCAGGUGAUGGUGGCGACGGACGCGGAGACGGGCGAGAAAGACUGGCGCUGCCUUUCGACGCGGCGCAGGCCGACGCACACGUUCCACGUUCCCCGCUCGCUCCUGACAGCUGCCGCGGCCGCCGAGGGCCACGAGGAGGCGACGGAGGGGAGGUUGCGUCCUUCAGCGCUGGAGGAGGGCCGGUACCGCGCGUUCUUAGCCUGCGUAGCGGUGGCACUGAUCGCCUUUCCCUCUGUCACAGUGGCCGCGUGCUUCGUGAGCGAGGUGGUGCUGCACUGCUGGCAGCACCGGGCGGCGCGGCGCAAGGGCGCCCGCCGGCCACGCCCCCCGCCCUGCCUCCUGCAGCCCAUGCAGCAGCUCGUAAGUGCCUUGUGUGCCGACUGCCAAGUUGACCGCUUCUACCGCACCGUCGAGCAGAAGCGCAGGAACCGCAAGCUCAGCAAGAACGCGGCCAGGGUGCUGCUCCAGGGCUCCGUCUCCUGAUCAGGGCCACCCUGCGAGCGAGUGCCGUCCGCAAAACUCUGUUCUCUGAUGCACACCCGGCAGUCGCUGACCAAAAAUGCGAUGCCAGAGUGUGCUGCCAUCUGCCGAGAGAUAUACACAGCACGUCUCGGGCCCUUUUGGUUUUCAGAUUUUUUCCAUUUAGUUUUAUAAGUGCGUGUUAUUUCUUCUCUUUCUCUCUUUUUCGUAUAAAGAAAGGUUCCUGAAGGUGCGUGGCAAAGUCCCUGCUUUUAUUCUUUUUUUGUGACGUUUUUUGUUGUGUUUAAAUGAUUUUAACGCUGAAUCGUAUCGUCCAUUUUGUACAUUUUUAACGGGCGUCAUCUCGGUUUCUUUGUUGUGAUCGUGUUAUUGCCGGCCAGUUUGUCGUCCUGGUGUCUAUGUAUAUAAGGUCUGAAAAAAGGGUCAGUAUAAUUGUAUAUAUUAAUAUGACGGCGAACUUAACGUACAAAUGUGAGAAAUGUGCCAAAAACGAUUAAGAUUUUAGUAUCAUUUUUAUCAUUUUUAUUAUUUCAAAGAUUUAACUCGUUGUGAGAUAAAGAGGUUUGGAAUAUGUAUAUAUACAGAAAUUGAUAAAUUUGACCGUUGGAUAUAUGUAAUGUUUUAUAGUAUAUUACAAUAAAAUGAGUAAAAUCUCUACAAGGUACGAAACA